GAGCACAGGGAGUCAUUCUAUUUGUUUAGAAAAAGAAUCAUGGCGGAAGACGUAAGCAUGGAAGCCCGAGUGCCUGUCAGCAAAGAAACGCUGAAAACAUCUUUCAAGGUUCCAACUGAUCAGGAGAGGAAGAGACCUUUUCUUAUUGGUGUGGCGGGUGGAACAUGCUGUGGAAAAUCGGAGGUAUGUAAGAAGAUUUUAAAAGAUCUUGGACAAGCAAAUAUUGAAUCACAAAUGAGAAAAGUCAUCAUUCUCAGCCAAGAGAGUUUUUACCGUGAUCUUGAUGAGGAAGAAUCAGCCCAGGCAGAUACAGGAAACUUCAAUUUUGACCAUCCAGGAGCCUUUGACGACAGCCUGUGUUUAAAGACAUUAAAAAGCCUUCUUAGGGGAGAGCAAGCUGUUAUACAAAAAUACAGUUUUAAGAAUCACUCAAGAGAAACAGACUACAGCAUUGUCCACCCAGCUGAUGUCAUAAUUUUUGAAGGAAUUCUUGCUUUAUAUAAUAAAGAAAUACGAACACUUUUGGAUAUGAAGAUAUUCGUAGACACUGACAGCGAUACAAGACUAGCCCGUCGAGUUCUAAGAGACAUACUAGAGCAUGGAAGGGACAUUGACAAUGUGCUUAGCCAAUACACAAGAUUCGUGAAACCUGCAUUUGAAGAUUUCACUUUACCGACCAAGAAAUAUGCUGAUGUAAUAAUACCAAGAGGAGCAGAUAACACCGUGGCCAUUGAUCUGAUUGUCCAGCACAUCAAGGACUUGCUAAACGAUAAAUCAGCGGACAGCACUAAAAAACGGACACGCCAUCAGUCCGAAUCCGGAACUAUCAGCAGUAAGAUCCGACCGCACUGAUUUAUGCUGCAGCAAUGUUGUUGUCUUGUGAUCAUUUCUGAAUACAGUUUGAUCAUGUGAUCAGUUCAGAUCACUGAUCGUGUGAUGAUUUCUAGAUAGAAUUCCCAUUCAGUACGUAGAUUGUCGUUUAGUUUUGUGACAUAGAGUGACGUAGUUUGUAUUUAUUAUACUUGUUUCUCCUUUGAUAUGUAUUCUUAAAAUUCUUUAGAAUGCUGUACAUGACUCGAAGUUACUUAAAGGCAUUGAGUCAUGGUAAAUAGGCUUUCUCUAUAGGGGGUCAUUUGGUUUCGGCGUGAUCGCUGCUGUUUCAUGUGAUAUUGGCAUCCGUUGUUGACAACUUGCUAUUGAUGGAAACUGUUAUGUUAAUCAGUACGAGGUGAGUUCAUGUGACCAGUUCAAGGUCAGCCAAUAGCAUCGCAGUCAUGGAAAUCAUGACUCAGCGGAUUUUGGCACUUAGGGUAUAUCCAGUCUAUUUAUCAUGACUCAAUGCCUUUAAUUUGAUAAUAACCAAUUAUCUCGAAUCAAAGCUGUUAAUUCAAAGAAGCUCAGCUUACUUUCUUGUGUGGCUACAUUAUUAUCAGUGCUGAUAUUUCAAUUUAUCCACCAUUUAUUGUCUGCUUCUAUUGUAUUUGACAUUUUUUAAAUUCAUAACAAACUUAAUAGAACUCUAAUUUGGUAUUUUGGCAAAGAAAUGUAGGUCAAGCAUGAUUAUCUGAAAUCAUCUUAAAUUUCAAAGUUUGUAAACUCUGUGCGGAAAGGUUAUUCAAAAUCUUAAAAAUUGAAUAUGUUGAGAAAAGAAAAGCUAAACAGUAACAAGUAUAUUCGUGAAAAUAUUCAGUUGCAAUGUAUGUCAGUUGAAAGUAAUAAAGAAACAUUUUAAGAAUUAUUAUUACACUAAUCUUGUAAGAUAUAUUUUAAAAAAGCUGUGUAUAACACCUUUUUUCUAUAAUUGCUCUUUAAUCAUCUACCUUGUCACAUGCCUUAAAUUUAAAACUGUCAGUUCAGUUACUGAAACUUCUUCAAACUUGAAAAUCUUUGUCAUUA